AUGAAAGGUCUAUUCCAGCUUGCAAUUUUCCUUGCCCUGGCAUGUGUGUGCUUAGCUGAAGACAAAGAUCUAUUGAAAAAACUACCGCAACGAAAUGUCGUGAAGAAGUAUCUAUCGAAGAGUGGAUUUGGCCUCAAUUCUCAUACUCCACUGCAGAAAUCAUCUGCAAAAAAUCUACUGAAACACAAAGACGAGAAGCAUUCAGAUGAUGAAAUACCGACUCUGUGGCAAAACUUGUACAGCAAGCAGCACAAGUACAAACCAUUGAAGAGAAAUCCACUACGCAAAGAUUCAAAGCAUUCUGCAAAAGAUUUAAAAAAACCUGAGAGGUCUCAGCACACUCACUCAAGGCCUUCGGAAGCUCCAAAAAAUAACAAAUUUAAAAACCUUUUAUCAAAGUUGACAGACAAAAAGACACCACCACCUCAGUUACCAAAACGACGACCACAAAUAACGCCCAAAAGGGAGCGAGCAAAAGCACCAACUCCCAAACACAGUGAAGAUGCCUUCGAUGAAUACCAAGACAGGAAUAAUGUUCUUAUCUCAGUCCCUCUGGAAAUUUUGAAACAAUUAGGACGUCGACAUUCUUACGAACCAACAGAGAAAACCGAAAGACGUCACAAGCCGGAGAGACCACCAAAGACAAUCAACCCUCCAAGAAAGGUAACCUUUGAUCACGGUAGAGAUGUGGACACAGAAGGGAGAGUCAAUGCCAAUUUUGAAGACAAAGGAGUGAAAUUUGCGGCCGGAUCUUAUCAAGACAAAGUGUACAGUCAAUGGUACGUGGUGACGAAUGAUGGCCUAGAGUAUGAUGGAGAUACAGAUGAACUCAAUACUAUAUUUGAGCUAGCCAACAAACAAAAUCUUCCAUCCACUUCAGACGUGAUUCCAGACAGUAUGUUGAAUGCGCUUAACACAAUGGGUACUAUACAACACGAGCAAAGUUCUGUACCCCCAGACUCAAGAAAAUUAAUCAGCAAAACUGAUCAAUAUCCCUACUCUGUGAUUGGUCGACUUGAUGCAGGCUGUACAGGCACACUAAUAGGUCCUAACCACGUACUAACAGCUGGACAUUGUGUUUAUGAAUUCGAAAAGAAAAUGUGGUUUAAAAAUCUCGAUUUUCAUCGAGGCAAAAGUUGCGAUCCUAACACGGGUGAACUGUACAGCUGGAAGUUAGCUAUUACAGUAAAGGGGUGGAAGGAUUACGGCUACCCAUCGUACGAUUAUGCAAUCAUUGUUGUUUCUAAAACUUCCCCGCAAUGGAUGACGUUUGGAUGGAGCAAUUCUCUGCACAAGGCUAACACACAGGUAGUUGGUUACCCUAGUGACAAGGAGGACAGGUGUAUGUGGGAGAGCAGCUGCACUAUUGGGCAGGAGUGGAACGAUUUGCUGGGCUACAAGUGCGAUACAGCGAGUGGAAUGAGUGGGGGCCCCGUCUAUAGGCACAAAGAAGGCAACAAGAAAAGUGUGGUGUACUGUAUACAUGCUUUCGGAGCUGACGACUACAACGCUUGUGCUCAGAUCACCAAGCCACGCUUCACACAGUUUGUUAACUGGAUCAGCCAUUACAACUAGCCUAUAGCCCGUACACUGUACAUCAGUAGCUACAAACACUACACAUGUGACUCUAUUAUAGUUGAAAGCAAAUUAGAAGAAACAUCAAUAAGUCAUUGAAUAUACAUAUAUAGCAUUUGCUGUUUUUUCACAGAAAGGAAACUAAAGCACUAUACCUCAAUAGAGAUAAGAUACA